ACAGUUACUAAGAUCACGUGUGGCAUCCGCUUUGUCGUAGUCUGUACGACGGCCGAUAGGUGGCAGGUAAAUCAGAUAACUGGGACGGAUGUAAGUGGCGCAUUCCACUGCGGGGGUUCCUCGAGUAUACAUCUACACUACGCCGACUCUUACUUUGGCCGUUGCCUCGGUCUGCUUUGAGACUCCGAACUGAAGAAUACUGUGACACAAGACCGUUUGGCCAUGACUGCUGCGGUAGCUUUGGCAAAGGCGGCCAGUACCACGACUGGAAUGGAAGAGCCAGAGAGCGGAGGGCCGGAGCAUGAGGGAGAGCAGACGUCGUCAGGACGGGCGUGGGCAGCGGGCCAGGUUCCGCAGUGUGUCCAGGGCAGUGCUGUGGACGACGAACGGCAAGAAUCUCCCCCAAAUGCCACACAAACACCACAGUGUGAAACCGAUUCGCUACUUAGCGAGCGAAGUUAUGCAGAGAAGCAAAGUGUAUGCAGCCAAGCGAAAUCUAACUACUGCAAGUCUGAGGUCAACACGUGUCAUUCGUGCAGCAGUGUUGCCAUUAGGUUACCACAAAUUGACAACCAAAAUCAGCAGUCCCUUGGAUGCUGCGAGGAGGGUGAGGUUCCAGAGGCGUCUGGCGAAGAGGCAUCUCACAGUGCAGAGAAUCGCGAAACAUCGGGAGCGGACGGUGAAAGUGGAGUCACCAGUGUAAUGAAAAAGUCUGGCGGCGGCAGGAGCAGGAGCAGCAGCAGAGGCAGCAGCCGCAGCAGCAGCACAAGUAGAGGCUCGGCUGAUGGGCAGUCAUACUGCUGCUCUGGCAACGGAGCAGACAGCGAUGACGAUACGGAUACUGGGCUUUCAGAGACAUCCUCGUUAGACCUAGCGGAACUCUACGACGACACAAUAGACGCCCUCGAGGCGGAGGCAAAGAAGGAAGAGCGCAUUAUGGAAGAAAUCGGCAACUGCAUGGAGGUGGUGUGUGCAAUGAACAGCGACAUCCGCGUCUUUGUACUCGAAAUGUUCGGCACUCAGAGACUGAUGGGGUACAGCUCGCGGAAGUGUUCCGGCGGCCGCAGGAAAGGCAAACGUUCAGACGUGGAAGAGGAGACGACUCGUGGACCCAUUGUCGACUUUGAGAGGAGACUCGAUGCCGUAAAAGCUUAUUUGAAUAAAAGAUUGGACGAAUCGCCUCGUGAGGCGGAAGAGAAAGCUAAUGCUGUGUCACUCCCUGAGGAAGGCGCAUGUAGCGCAACACCAUCCAAUGCGAAGCAGGAGGCUGAAAAUAGCUCCAGCGGCGCGGGUGUGGGGUGUAGUGAAGAUGUGCCAACAGCUGUGAGCAGUGGGAAUAACGAAUGCGGGGAUACGGAGGCGGAUCCCAGCAGGCAGCAGUCCUGCGACGGAAAUGUACGAAAGAGAAUGGUUGCCCGCGAGUCGUGGGAAGUCUCUGUUGUCGCGAAGAUUUGCAGUAUUGUUGAGAAACGAGUGCUUAGGGUUAAGGUGGGCUGCCAGAUGAUGCUAAGCAGCAUGCAGGCUGUGGCCAACACUGUCAAGCUGGCGAUGGAGGCAUACGAAGCGACACAACUGGUAGUACACAGGGCGAAGAAGUGCAAGUCUGUGAUUGCGGCUGACAUUUUGCGGGCAAUCGUUGCCGCCGCCACUGAGACCACAGCUUGGAUGCUGAAGGCGCUGAGCGACGUGGAGGCGGCGGUGGCAAUCCACGCAGAAAUCGUAGGAGCCAUAGAGAAGGCAGAGAGGACGCUGCGCGGCGGUCAGGGCGAGGACCGCGUUGAUGAAGGCGUGGAGAGGGAGGUCACAGCUACCGUGGACAACACGGAGCUGCUGACAAGGUGCACCGCUCGCCUUCGCUUGCGUCCGCCGCGUGGCGAAGACCGAGCGGUGGGGUCCGCCUCCGAUAUGCCACCCCCUGGCUCCGGCGAAGUGAAGGCGAUCCCAUUGCUCUCGGCUAAAGUAUCUGGCGGCACUGACCGACUCCCGGCUGAUGUGUUACAUGCUCUGCUGGUAGCCACGAGGAGCGCUUUGAAGGCUAUGGAAGCAACGGAGAGAGCGCUCGAUUUCUUCACCGCUUGCGAAAUGUGUGUAGGGGGGAAGUUCAGGAAACGCCGUGGUUACGGCAACAAAAUGUUGAACUAGGUAUCGACAGGUAUUCCUGCCAAAGAGCCAAGAAAAACUUCAUGCGAGUACAAUGGCUGUUAAAUACAAUUCCUUAAUUGAUGGAAUACUUUCACUACUUUCUUUUGCACGCGCAUUUUUCUUUCUUUCCAGCCUGUUUAAGACGAGUAGCACGUUUAAUCAUAAGGUAUCUUCUUCAACCAGAAUAUCAUGAAUCUUUCCUUAUCCGCAUCUCCUUCUCAGAAAUUUUCAGUGCUCUCUUCGUCUACUCCACCGUUCACUACUCGCUCACACUAUUCUGCCUUUAGUCACAGGCAUAUUGAUCACCUUGUCCUUCCUUUACAGCUUCACCGUUCACCUACAUCCCCAUCUGCGACCACUUUCUUCUCAGUUCGACGAAUCAUUUGUUACUAGUAUGAUCCCGUGAAUUAUCCGAUGUUCCCGCAUUUUCUUACGGUUCUGUUCGUACUAAUGAUAAAGUUCGACAACUUGCCAUUUUCUGUCAGAUUGCUUCCUGUAAUAUUAUGCUCCAGUACAUUUCUGCCCAAGGUUUUCGCGUCCAUCGCCGUUUUAAAAGGCUAUUAUUUUUCUCUCUCUCGUUCUUUUCGCACCUUUUAUUCCUGAUGGUAACGUCUCGGCCACAUUCCUCAGGGUGGUCAAUGUCUCACCUUCAUGUCCACAAGUGCUACUUCUCUUUUGUACGUAUGUGGUCUUACGUAAGGCUGACGUUACCUUCUCUCUCUCAAUGACAGUAUCAUUCUUACUGUUUCUUGUAGGUAUAUGCUCUCACAGUUAUCAGCGCUACUUUCACCCAGUUAAACUAUAAAACGUAUAUUACAUUUUUAUUUGAAAAUUUAUACUGGUGGAGACAUGGACGUGUUACAAGCAACAGUACAGAAAAUUAACGUUUUAUUCAAUUUAUAUUGACUUGGAUUUUAUUUUAUUCAUAACUUUUGAAAUAGGAUUUUAAACUUCAAACAAUGUAAACUGAUGGCAGCGAAUUUAUACAGUUGUUGUGAAGAUUUACCGAAGCAGCUAGCUCUAAACUCGAGAUUGCAUAAAAUUGCAAUCAAUAUAGCGUCCUUACAUCGUAUCUGACGACGCACACUUGUUCCGAGCUACGUCCAAAACAUUAGGCAAUAAAGAGUCCAGUUUAGUUGUGUUAAGGCAAUUAUAAAAUUUAAUCAUGAUUCAUUAAUAAACGGCGUCUGCGUCGGACGUUCUAAGAAAAGGACAUUUGUGCCGAAUAUUUGGGUGUGCUGUUUGUGUAGAACUAUGAGAAAUAUUGUAUUGUAGAAAGUAUUACAAAAUAUCUUCACAACUCCAAUAAAAGCUUGCUUUUAUUUGACUUCAUUU